GACGACGACGAUGGCAUCGUACUUAGCUAGACGGUGCCAAUAUCCACGCUCUUCCAUCCUGUUUCCCUCUUAUGAUGCACUUUUGGGGUGGCGUGCAUCUUGUGUCUCCGGAUCUUCGCUGCCGAGUCUGAGCAACUUACCUAACCGCCACCCUCCUCUUGUCGGGGUCCUGGAUGAAUGGACGCACGAAUCCUCGGCCAAAUGCUAUCAUCUUCGGCUCUUCUACUCCCACCACGUUCUUUGUAAGAACAGACUUCACGCGCACGGCGAUAAGAUGCCGUGCUGCUACCCCGGAUGCAUCAAACAAGCAUUAGCCACGCUCACCCGCUCACGCCGCCGCGGGUUAUCUCGGGCUCUGCGUGGCAUCUCUCGCUGCCGAAGUGCCUUGCCAAUGAAGUUUUGGGUUCUGUUCAGUAAUCGGGUUUUUUUUAUUUUUUUUUAUUCUUAUUUUUGCCUCUUCUUUCUCGCCUCGCCACGGAGGCGAGAGAGUGUAUAUCGCUCACAUCGGCCUGGACCCUACGUGUCCCAGAUAUGCGGGAAUCGGGAUCACCCAAAGUACAGGUUACUUGAACCUUCCUUGCGUUCCCGCAGCAGCUCCCCAGUCGGUUCGAAGGCGGUCAACAGGUUUUAGGGUCGUAACCGGGUUUUCUGCCGUCCUUUCCUCUCCACCGCUCUCACCCCACGCCUGGGGCUGAUGCUGGGGUGGAUGGGAAAUGCGCGGGACCCUGAGGAAGGGGGUAGCCGGCAGGGAGAACGGGAUGUACAGUUACCCGCCAUUGCGUCGCAUCGAAAUCUCACCGCACUCGAACCUCUUGUCAUCCGAGCACGCACGCUUGGACAGCUGGCUGGCGGGGCGGGAGCUAUCUCUGUGCCAUGCCACGCGGA